AUGACUCUACAUCCGGUCGACGACGAUGAACAACUGUUCACCCGGGCCAUGACCUCCUAUCGCGACGCAUUUUUGGUUCGACAUUCCCACCUCUCGGAAACGCAACGCAACCUGCUUUGGAGACAGCAACUCAGCCAAUUUAUCCAGCCGCCACCGCCGGCCCUCCCUCUGGGCAACCCGGGGAAACGGACUCGACAGGAUGCGACUCCGCGGACGCUCCCGGCGGCCGACGCCUCUUCUUCUGGUUCUGGUUCUGGUUCUGGUUCUGGUCCUCCGCAGGCGAAACGGCGAGCCACCACCCCGGAUCUCCCAGUGGCCGUCGACCUGCGGCGUUCCUUUUCCCAGGCGUCCUCUGCGGAGGCGCCACGGAAGGGUACGUCGCUGUCGGGACAAGGGUCCUAUCGACACACUGCCGUGAAGGCUCCUGCGGGAGGCAGGGAUGCGAUGGCGUUGGGAAUGGUCCGUUCCCAGAGUCAGCGCAUCCCCGUUUCUCGCUGGCACCCGCCCGCCGGAGCAGCCAUGGGGAAACGACAAUCUUUCGGCCCGACCCGGACGCAACAGCCGCAGCCGCAGCUUCGCCUGGACCAUGUCGAUGAAAUGGUCAGCGACUACUCGCCAUCUGAGUAUACCAAGCACUUGGAUGAACCUGACAGCAACACCAACCAGGCCCAGGCCCCGCCCUAUCGCACCGGCACCGGCACCGGCACUGGCACUGGCACUGGCCCUGCAACCACUACCUCUGCCUUGUCUCUGGGUCUCGCGACUCUUGGAUCGACUGGACUAUCCCCCUUGCCAAAUCCGCACUCUGGACAGCCGUCUCCCAUGGCCGAUGCAUCCGCGGCCACUGCGGUCGAAAUGACGCGCAGCGGGACUGCCGACACCAUCAUCGGCGGAUUCGACAACUUUGGCUUUAACCAGGCCGCACCUCGCGCGGAACUGGAACCGGCAUACCCCAUCCCCCCGGAGUGGGUGCCCACAUCCGCCUCCGGGCUCCCUUUUCAUGAUACCUUCCCUUCUUCCCUGUAUCCUGACCUAGAUCCUGCCGCAUCCUUCCCCUUCCCCUACCCUCCCUCUUUCUCCACCUCCGCCCCUUCAGCAAUGUCGUUGCGGCCGCGGCCAAUGCUAGCCACCAGCAUCACCACGCUCUCCCCGCCAUCGGCAGUCGACAUGAAACCGUCCCUCUCAAACGAGAGCGACACCUCCACUACCAUUGCAGUUCCAUCCCGCGCCGUCCGUCGCACACAAGAGCAAGUCGCUCACGGCGCACGCCCCAUCGCGCCCAAGCGCGAGUCGCCCGGCAAUAUCCACCUCCAGCUAGAUCCGAGCGAUCCCAACCGGAUGAUGCGCAUCUCCUCGGCCGAUGGAACCACUAAAGAAGUUGCCGCCAUUCCCAAAGCUCCCGUGCACCGACCACCCCGGCAGAAGACGUACUGCGACCGCUGCAACGACCAGCCGGAAGGCUUCCAUGGGGAGCACGAGCUGCGGCGGCACAUGGACCGGGUGCACGCGCUGGUGCGCAAAGUGUGGGUGUGCGUGGACAUCUCUCCCGAUAAGACGUUCCUGGCAAACUGCAAGGCCUGCCGCAACGGCAAGCGGUAUGGGGCGAACUACAACGCAGCCGCGCACCUCCGCCGCACCCACUUCAACCCGUGCCAGCGCGGCCGCGGUGGCCGCGGAAAGGAUAGCGAGAAGCGCGGCGGCAAGGGCGGCGGCAAUCAUCCGCCUAUGGACGUGCUGAGGCUAUGGAUGCGGGAGACCGUCGAGCGGGCGGAUGAGCAUACUGGCGAAAGCUUUGGUGUCGACAGUCUCGCCGAGGAUGGUGCGGAUAGCUUGCCGAUGGACUGCAAGUCCAGUGCCCUCGCGACCCCGGGGCUGGGCGAUGGUCCUGGCCAUCUCGGCAUGAGCAUGAAUGCUCCCUACGGAAUGGAAUCGACGCUCAUGCACGGGCACGGUGCGGAUCACGGGUACGAGGGCUACCCCGGGAUGUCGGCGAGCUUCAGCUUCGAUGCCGCGCUGGAUACCCCGUUCUAUCUCGACAGCCAGCUGCCGGCCGAGCUGGAGGCGUAUGUCAUGUGA